CAAUGACCACUGCCUGGGAGAGACAAGAGACCCUUUCUGCGGCCACUGAUUCAACAAACGGCAUCACAGGCCCCUCAGCCUCUCAUCUCUUCGAGGCCAUCUUCACCCCCACCCCCACCCCAAGGCCAUUCCAAGGUCCCAUUCUAGACCACUGCGCAGGAGUGGCGCCAAAGUGAUCGAAGUCAUCAUCGGGGCACUCAUCUUUGUGUGGGUCAAGCACUUUGUGAUGCCAGGGACCAGGAGUAGGAUGGGGGAGGGGCAGGGCGCCGCUUCUGAGUGGAGAGGACGGGGAGUGGGCGAGGGGGCCUCGCGCACAGGGCAAUAGGUGGCCAGGCGGGGCGGGGGACCGGGGAGAGCGGAGGAUUUCAGAUGAGGGACAGGGGAAGGUGGAGAGGGGAGGGCAGGCCCCGCCAGGGGGAGGAGCCGCCUCCCGCGUCCAGCUGUGGGGGCUCCCUCCCGUCGCGGCUCCGCUAUAAAACCCAGGCCGGCAGGAUCCCUGCACCCGCGGCGGCCUCCUCGGUGCGCGACCCCCGGCCCAGAGGACUCUUUGCUGUCGCGCAAGAUGUGGAUGCUGCUGGCGCUCCUGGCCCUAUCUGCGGCGCGGCCAUCGGCCAGUGCAGGGUUGGACAUUGGAAACCUGCUAAGCAGCUAGACAGUAGAAAGAGAAAUGCUUUGCAGUUCGGGUGCUUUGUAGCUGUGUGGUCUUGGACUCGCCCUGAAUUCUCUCGUGUGCAAGAUCCAAAAACCCUGUCUUGGGGUCUGGAUCGGGACCCCUUUCCUGUAACAUGCCUUCUGUCAGAGGAAGAUUGUGGGACUCAGAAUGUCAGAUAACUCUUCUGUGGAGACUGAGCAAAGAGUCACACUGGUGCUACGAAAUUCAAGCCCAGGUCUCCGCCUGCUUGGUGCCAGUCAAGUGGGGUGGAAAUUGCCAGAAGGACCGCCAGUCCCCCAUCAACAUCGUCACCACCAAGGCAAAGGUGGACAAAAAACUGGGACACUUCUUCUUCUCUGGCUACGAUAAGAAGCAAACGUGGACCAUCCAAAAUAACGGGCACUCAGUGAUGAUGUUACUGGAGAACAAGGCCAGCAUUUCUGGCGGAGGACUGCCUGCCCGGUACCAGGCCACACAGUUGCACCUGCACUGGUCCAACUUUCUACAUAACGGCUCGGAGCACAGCCUGGAUGGGGAACACUUUGCCAUGGAGAUGCACAUAGUACACGAGAAAGAGAAGGGGACAUCGAGGAACGUGAAAGAGGCCCAGGACCCUGAAGACGAAAUUGCGGUGCUGGCCUUUCUGGUGGAGGCUGGACCCCAGGUGAACGAGGGCUUCCGGCCGCUGGUGGAGGCACUGUCUAAUAUCCCCAAACCUGAGAUGAGCACCACAAUGGCAGAGAGCAGCCUGCUGGACCUGCUCCCCAAGGAGGAGAAACUGAGGCACUACUUCCGCUACCUGGGCUCACUCACCACACCAACCUGCGAUGAGAAGGUCGUCUGGACUGUGUUCCAGGAGCCCAUUCAGCUUCACAGAGAACAGAUCCUGGCAUUCUCUCAGAAGCUGUACUACGACAAGGAACAGACACUGAGCAUGAAGGACAAUGUCAGGCCCCUGCAGCUGCUGGGGCAGCGCGCGGUGAUCAAGUCCGGGGCCCCGGGUCGGCCGCUGCCCUGGGCCCUGCCUGCCCUGCUGGGCCCCAUGCUGGCCUGCCUGCUGGCCGGCUUCCUGUGAUGAUGGCUCACUUCUGCACACAGCCUCUUUGGUGCCUCAGCUCUCCAAGUUCCAGGCUUCCAGUCCUCAGCCUUCCCAGGUGGGACUUUAGGCAUGAUUAAAAUAUGGAUAUAUUUUUGGAGAAA